AUGGAUCCAAUCCAGAUCAACCUCUCUGCUCCCAUCUAUGGGAGCAAUGGCACCGGUGUCGUGCCUAACCAGGUCGGCGAGAGUUUUGAGGUGCCCGACAGUCUCCUUGUCGCCCUCACCUCUGCCUUCAAGCGCAUGCUUGCUCAGCCCGGUCCCCAUGGCGCUACCCUAAGAGCCAUGUUCGGCAAUCACCGAUACAAGUUUGUUGGUGAGAUGCCCGUGGGAUACACCCACGUCAGGUUCACGCGCGAUGAUGGUCGCCGCGACAUCCGGGUCUACGGCCACUCCUCUGGUCUCUGCUACAAUUCGGCAGCCCAGUUCUUGCCGCACGUCGUUGCCAUGCUGGUUCUCAGUGACCGAUGCUACUGCAAUCUCUGCCAUGAGGUCGACACCAAGGAAAGCUAUGACUCUGUCACGCUCUCAGUGAAACAAGCUGUCAACGUACAAAACUCGUUGCAUUUCUAUACAAGAAGACUCAACUACCAUCGACAGAGGAAACAGAUGCCCCUGAAUCCGGCCCACCCAGCGAACAAUAGAGUGGGAGGCAGAGUACAAAGGGAUAUUGCAAUGCAGAAGCUUGGACAGUCACACAUUCAACAGAGUGAAAGACAGGAAGAGGAAUGA